AAGACUGCUCCUGCAAAGAGACCUGCUGCAUCCACAACACAACGAAAGUCCAUUAGUAGACCAUCAACAGGUUCCAGCAGUGGUGCAGUAGAUGAGAAUUUCUUCCAAGCUGCCUAUGAAGAUGUCCCUAGUGUUUCAAUAUUCACAACAAAACAGCUGGAGGAUGAUCUUAGUAAGAUGUCUACCAUUCUAAGUAAUGAUAAAGCAGAUUGGGAACUUCGAGUGACAGCAUUGAAGAAAUUACGAGCAUUCAUCAUAGCCGGUGCAGCAGAAUAUGAUUGCUUUGGGCAAUCACUAAGGCAGAUGGAAGAAGCCCUUAUUUUGUCAGUCAAAGAUCUAAGGUCACAGGUCUUACGAGAAGCUUGUGUCACAUUAGCGUUUUUAUCAAUUCGUCUGAAGCGGCAGUUUGACCAUGCUGCAGAGGUUGUCCUUCCCCAUUUAUUUAUUCUCAUUCAGAAUAGUGCAAAGGUCAUGGCCACAUCAAGCAUGGUUGCAAUAGACGUUAUCAUUAGGCAUACACAUUCACCUAGGCUUAUACCCAUUAUGAAAAGCAAUGCAACUUCUAAGUCAACUGCCAUUAGGAAGUAA